CAAGGGCCCUGAUUCAUGGAUGACUGUUUGGUUCUAGAGAGCAAUAGUCCUCAUGUUUGGAAUGCAUUCACUUUCUUUGGUCUCUCUAUUCCUCUUUGCUCACUGUGCAUCCUACAUGGACACACCCCACUUCGCAAAACAGUUCUUCCCACUAAGUCUUGCUCUUCUGCUUCAUUUGGGGACUCAGUGUCCAUUUCAAGCCCACCGACCAUGGCUGAAGGAACAAACGGAGGGAGCCCCGGUAGACAGAGUGAUCCAGACAAAGUGGAUGCUGAUGGAGGGGGCCUACCCAGGGGGAAAUGGGCCAACAAAUCGGAGUUUUUGUUCUCCAUGGCCGGAGAAAUCAUCGGCCUGGGAAAUGUUUGGCGGUUCCCGUAUUUGUGCUACAAGAACGGAGGAGGUGUCUUCUUCAUCCCUUACUUCAUCUUCCUCUUCUUCGGCGGCAUCCCCAUCUUCUUCCUGGAGACGGCGCUGGGCCAGUACACCAGCGAGGGCGCCGUCACCGCCUGGAGGAAGAUAUGCCCCAUGUUUGAGGGUGUGGGGGUCGCCUCCCUGGUUAUCGUCAUCUACCUGAACAUCUACUACAUCGUGGUUCUGGCCUGGGCCCUUUUCUAUCUGUUCAACUCCUUCCAAAGCCCGCUGCCCUGGUCUACGUGUGAGAACUGGUGGAACACUGACAACUGUGAUGACCACGCCGGUGUUUACGACGACCCGCAUCUGUUCCAAACCGAGUCCAACUGGUCCUUCCUGAACAUCAGCUCGUACGGCUACUUCCAGAACACCACCGACAUGAUGAUAAAUGGAACCUUCCUUAUGGUCAAGUCCCCCGAGGAGGAGUUUUGGACGAAUCGCGUGUUGAGGAUGUCAGAUUCCAUGUCCCUCGGCAAGGUGCAUUGGGACCUGGCGCUGUGCCUGCUGCUGGCGUGGAUCAUGUGCUACUUCUGCGUCUGGAAGGGGAUUAAGUCCACAGGCAAGGUAGUCUACUUCACCGCCACCUUCCCUUACCUGAUGCUCCUGCUCCUCUUCUUCCGCGGGGUGACGCUACCUGGCGCCGGGGAGGGCCUGAGAUAUUACCUGUUGCCCGACGCCACGAAGUUGGCCGACGCUGAUGUGUGGCUGGACGCAGGUACUCAAGUCUUCUUUUCCUACGCCGUCUGCCAAGGAGUCCUGACCUCUCUGGGAAGCUACAACAAAUACAACAACAACUGCUACAGGGAUUGCGUGGCGUUGUGCGUUCUCAACAGCGCCACCAGCAUCUUUGCUGGCUUUGUGGUGUUCUCCGUGCUGGGCUUCAUGGCGCACAGCCUGGGCAUGCCGGUGUCGGCUGUCGCUCACAGCGGUCCAGGUUUGGCUUUUAUCGCCUACCCUAAAGCUCUUUCGAUGCUGCCCGGCUCCAGCUUUUGGACCGUGCUGUUCUUCCUCAUGAUCAUCCUCCUGGGUCUGGACACUCAGUUUGUGUGUGUGGAGAGCCUGGCCACGUCCAUCACUGACCUGUUCCCUCAGCAGCUGAGGAGGCCCGGCGCUCGGGAGCUUCUGGUUCUGGUUAUUUCGGUUGUUUGCUUCCUGCUGGGCCUGCCACUCAUCACGGAGGGAGGAAUCGUGCUCUUCCAGCUGAUUGACAGCUACGGGCCGAGCGGAACCAGCCUGCUCCUCAUCGCCUGCUUUGAGACGGUCGCCGUGUCCUGGGUGUACGGCGCCGACCGUUUUUGUGACAACAUCGAGGACAUGAUUGGGUACCGGCCGUUCCCCCUCCUCAAGUACUGCUGGUUGUUCAUCACGCCGCUGCUCUGCGUGCUCACGAUGCUGUACGACCUGAUCAACACGCACUCCCUCAUGGUGUACGACUACAGGCCGGGCGCGUGGGCCUCCGCCUUGGCCUCGCUGCUGGUUCUCACGCCGCUCAUCUGCAUCCCGGCGUUCAUCCUCAUCACGCUGUGCAGGAACCCCCAGAACAUGACGACGCCGUCCAGCGAUCUGCGCCAGGCUCGGCCGCAUCAGCCCGUCCUUACCUUGUGUGACCGCGUAAUCUUCGCCGCCUCAAAGCCGCCCAGCCGGGGAGACGAUAAAAUAAUGAUGGAGGAGCCCAGCGGCGUUUGACGGAAAAGGACAAUGACAUCGCCAUCAUCAUGUUGUUUCUAAAUGUUUACACCUUUUUCACUUACUUUUCACUUUUUAAAUGCCACAGAUUUCCUCCAAAAGUCUUGGAGCUUGUAGCUCCCAUGGUCCUACUGUAUAUGGGACAGUUGGACUAUUUUCUUUCCAAAAUAUCCAUCAAAGAAUCAGACAAAAAACAUGUUUCUCUGGAUGAUAUAUCUUAAUCUUUAAGUUUGUGUAAACACAAAAAAAGCAAUUUCGGAAGAAAUUGCCUGUGAAUGCUGAGAGAAGCCAAACUAAAACGAUGAUUUUUAGCAUGCAAGCCAAAUAGCGUCAACAAAACAUACGACACUUAAGAGUGCACACCUGGAAAAUAAAUGAUAAAUGGGUUGUACUUGUAAAGCGCUUUUCUACCUUCAAGGUACUCAAAGCGCUUUGACACUACUUCCUAAUUUUCCCAUUCACACACACAAUUACACACUGAUGGAGGGAGCUGCCAUGCAAGGCGCUAACCAGCACCCAUCAGGAGCAAGGGUGAAGUGUCUUGCUCAAGGACACAACGAACAUGACGAGGUUGGUACUAGGUGGGGAUUGAACCAGGGACCCUCGGGUUGCGCACGGCCACUCUCCCACUGCAAAAGAAAAGCCAACAUUUACUAAGCGUGUAAUGGCAACAUUUUUGACUCUAUUGAAUGUACACCUGCCAGACAAAAAGCUAGCAUCCCAACAUUAGCAUGAUAGCUUUUAUUGUUUUGGAAAAAAAAAUAUCAGUCUAAGCCUGGGCCCCUUGAGAGGGGGUCCAGACUGAGGCCAAAGGAAACCUCCGUCUUAAAAAAAAGACCUAAUAGCCAUAGCACACAUAAACGUGUGUAAGGGGGAACCAUCAAAGAACACAGAGGACAAUUAAAAGAGGAGAGCUGAUGGAAA